AUGUCUAAUUUUGGCAUUUUAUCAACGUUUGACCACAAUGUGCAAGAUUGGAAAACGUACAAAAGUAGAAUAUCACAGUGGUUCAUCGCAAAUGAUAUCGAUGCGAAAAAUGAUACGUCGGGAAUAAAAAGGCGAGCGAUAUUGCUGAGUGCACUGGCGGAUGGCACAUUCAAGCUGGCAGCGGACUUGGCGUUGCCAAAAGAACUUCAAGAUUUACCAUAUGGACAGAUCAUCAACCUGUUGGAUGGACAUUUCACACCUAAACGAUGUGGCUUCAGCGAGCGGUACAAAUUCUACGCAGCAACGCAGCAACACGGCGAAUCGCAUCCCCAAUGGGCUGCGAGGUUACGUGGGCUAACGGCGCACUGCGGAUUUAAAGAUGUGGAAGAGGCACUCCGCGACCGAUUCGUCAUGGGGAUGGUAGCAGGUCCUGAACGCGAGAAGCUGUUCGCGCAGGACAUGGACGGGCUGUCAUUGGCGAAGGCGGUCGAGCUGGCGGAGAGCAUACACUGUGCUCGCGCAGGAGCUGCAUCAGCGUCAGCCGCUCCACUUCAAGAAACGGUUUUUAAGAUAGUGAAUAGUUCCUCGAAACCCAAGAAUAACGUUCGUUCGGAUGUGAAGUGCUUAGUGUGCGGUCGUUCAAAUCAUGAGUCAUCUCAGUGUCGAUUUGCUAAUUAUAAGUGUAGAAAAUGUAACGUGAAGGGUCACCUACGAAAAAUGUGCACGAAAGUGAAUUUUAUUUCAACGGAGGAUGUGAGUGACGAUGAUGACGGUAAGGAAUUAUUUAAUAUUCGCUCAGUAACUGGUGAACCAAUGACGGAAAUGGUAACAAUAAAUGGAAUGCAAUUGCGAUUUGAAAUAGAUAGUGGAUCUGCUGUCACGGUGAUAUCAGAAAAAAUGUAUAACUCUCAUUUUAAAAAUCAGCCAUUGCUACCCGCGGACGAAAAGUUAUUUACUUAUACAGGUAAUAAAAUGACGUGUUUAGGUUAUGUUCGAUUACCAGUUACUUAUAUGCAACAGACUCGCAUUCUCGCUAUUUAUGUUAUAUGUAAUGGGGGCCCGCCGUUACUAGGCAGAGAUUUUAUUUCGAGUUUUAAACUGGAAUUGAUUCCGUGUAAUUUUGUCACUAACUCGAGUACAGUUGUUCAAGAAUUGCAAUCACAAUUUCCUGAGGUUUUUUCAGACUCAUUAGGCGCCUUUAAUAAAUAUAAAGUUAAGCUACAACUAAAGCCAGAUUCGAAAUCAUUUUUUUUUAAAGCGCGGCCAGUAGCUUUCGCUUUACGAGAUAAAGUAGAUAAAGAACUAGACCGUCUAGUAAAGUUAGGUAUUUUAAAACCGGUGGAACAUUCAGAAUAUGCAUCUCCAAUCGUGCCUGUGCUUAAGAAAAAUGGGUCAGUUAGAAUAUGUGCAGAUUAUUCAGCUACGAUAAACAAACAAUUACUUGUCGAGCAAUAUCCGCUUCCAACCGUUAGCGAGUUGUUUUCAAAAUUGCACGGAGGACAACAAUUCUCAAAAUUAGAUUUGUCGAUGGCAUACAACCAAUUUUUACUAGAUGAAGAGUCACAAAACAUUACAUGCAUUAAUACGCAUCGUGGUCUAUUUAAUUACACUCGUUUGGUGUUUGGGUUGUCAAGCGCGCCAUCGAUAUUUCAACGGGCUAUGGAAAAUAUACUCGCUGGCCUGGACGGUGUCCUGUGCCUGUUAGACGAUGUCCUAGUAACUGAUAACUGUCCAGAACUGCACUUAAAAAAACUACACAUAGUUCUCAAAAGACUCCAGGAUGCUGGGUUAACCCUGCAAAAAGAGAAAUGCGAAUUUUUCAAAAAUGAAAUUAAUUAUUUAGGUUAUAUAAUUAAUAGGGACGGGUUAAAGAAAGACCCGAGGAAAGUGAAUGCGAUUGCUGACGCCCCGGUGCCUAAUAAUGUUAAUUCAUUACAAUCCUUUUUAGGAAUGGUGAAUUAUUACAGGAAUUUUGUGCCCAAUGCUUCUAGUGUCCUUAGUCCUUUAUACGAUUUACUAAAAAAAGGAGUUAAAUGGCAUUGGUCAUCAGUACAUGAUGAGGCAUUUAAACUUAUAAAAAUUUUUUUAAUGUCGGAUCAAGUUUUGGCACAUUUCGAUCCCCAGGCAAAAUUAAUAUUAACCGUAGAUGCAUCCCCGAACGGGUUAGGUGCUAUUUUAUCACAGAUAGGCAGCGACGGGUUAGAACGGCCUAUAUCAUUCGCCUCGCGAACACUAAACUCGGCAGAAAAACGAUAUUCACAAAUACAAAAAGAAGCUACUGCCAUUGUAUUUGGAGUGCGUCGAUACCACCAAUAUUUGUACGGAAGGUCUUUUCCCUUUUUAUUGCGAAACGAUCAUAAGCCACUUAUAUCCAUUUUUGGGCCUCAUAAAGGAAUACCGGAAGUGUCAGCAAACAGGUUACAAAGGUAUGCGAUGUUUCUCAGUGCCUACAAUUAUAAUAUAGAAUACGUGCGUAGUGCUGAUAACAGCGCAGACUACCUGUCGCGGGCGAGCGUCCCGGACGCGCGGGGGGCCCCGCACGGGGAGGGAGGCGCACACGCAGCGGCGCUCGUGGACCGGGCGUCUUACGUCAACUUUAUUGUGGAGGGAAAUUUGCCUAUAACGUUAAACGAGUUGCGUAAGGAAACUAAAAACGACGUUACCUUGUGUAAAGUAAUCGACUACGUUCUCAAGGGGUGGCCAAGGAAAAUGGUUGAUAUAAACGUAAAACCAUUCCACUCUUGUCGACUGCAAUUGUCCUAUGAAAACGGAUGUUUAAUGAGAGGACACAAGGUAAUUUUGCCGGAGGUUUUGCGCGCUAAGGUGCUAUCGGAGCUGCACAGUUCACAUUUCGGCAUUGUAAAAACAAAAUGUGAAGCUAGGUCUCGAUUCUGGUUUCCAGGUAUUGAUAAUGAUAUAGAAAAUAUGAUUGACUCUUGCAAUAUAUGUCGGCAACUUCGACCAACACCAGCAAAAGCGCCCCUGGCGCCUUGGCAAUACCCCCCUAAACCUUUUUUUCGUAUACAUAUCGAUUUUUUGGGUCCAAUUAAUAAUCGUAUGUAUCUAGUUAUCGUUGACGCGUAUACAAAGUGGGUUGACAUUUACGAUAUGACUACCUCAACGACUUCUCGAAAUGUAGUAAAAAAUAUGUAUGAUUUUAUGUCAAAAUAUGGAUUACCACACACAAUCGUUAGUGAUAAUGGAACAGCGUUUACGUCUAGUGAGUUCCAAACAUUUUGUGCAAUUAAUGGUAUUGAACAUUUAACAUCACCAACAUACAACCCGGCUAGUAAUGGCCAAGCUGAGAGUUAUGUUAAAAUCAUUAAGAAAGGAAUAAAAUCAUGCAUCCUUUCGGCUAGUCAUCAAUACGACCUUCAAUUAAAAAUGUCUAAAUACCUUUUCGAUUACAGAAAUUCUAAGCAUUCCGUCACAGGGUUCUCACCAGCUGAACUAGUAUUUGGUCAUAAACUUAGGUCGCUGUUAGAUUUACUUAAACCUACGCCGCCUUCACCGUCACUCACAUCUUCUGCUAAUAACGUACAACAAAACCAGUGCUCGCAGAUUAAACACUAUGGAGGAACAAACAAAUACAUUUACAAAGUUGGCGAUAAAGUAAACUAUAAAAAAUAUUCAAAUAAUAAGAAAUUUGAGUGGUGCAUCGGUACUGUGGUACGUGUUAUUGGCAGCGUUUUAUACCUAAUCCGAGACGAUCUAACAUCUGUAAUAAUGAAAAAGCAUAAAAAUCAAAUUUUACCGUAUAAGGGUGAAGAAGGUGGUAAAACUCUACAACAACAUUGGGAUUAUGAUGAUUUCUUAGUGGAAGACAACUCAUCUUUGACUCAGAACCAGCCCUUGGGCUCGAGUGAGCAAACCACCAUACCUUCAUACACCAGAGAAUCGGGCAGAUUACGCAACAUACCCAGAGUCGAUUAUAGGGCUUUCUUUUAACAUUAUUAACAGAUUGAAGUAUCAAUUGAUGUCUGUCAAUCGGGGGAGGAUUGUUAUGUAGUUAUAGCUACGUAUGUACGCAUGUAUACGGUGGCUGCGCCCACCGUCCUUUUUGAUAGAAUAAACAGUGUGCUAAUAGCAAGCAAGCGUUUCACUCGUAUCCCUCG